AUCUUGGGUCUCGUAAAAUUCAGGAAAGUUGGGAUAUGCCCAAUUGAAAAUUCCACGCCAGCUCUCUCCUCCUCCUCCGCCUCGCCUCCGCCCAGCUGCCGGUCUCCACCGCCCGACCGCCGCCCACGCCGGCGAGUUCCCCCUCCGCCCGUGUACGGCGGCGGCCUUGGGACCUCUCGAGAAAGCCGGCUACGGCCAUCGCCGACCCAAUCGACCUCGUCCGAGAUCUCUCCUGUUUCCAUUUUGCCGAAACUAAUGGCCGAAAGUGUACCCGAGGAAGUCGUCGUCUACAUUCCCGAGGAUAUCAUCGUCGUCGAGAUACUCUCGAGGCUACCGGUGAAGUCGCUGGGGCGAUUCAAAUGCGUCUGCAAGCGGUGGCGGUCUCAGAUCGCCAAGUGGCAUCUGCAGAAGCUGAAGGCAGGGGAUUUGAUCCCUAGCCAGAGAAUCAUCAUCGGUGGCUGCAUCGACCCCCUCAAGACCGUGGACUACGAAGCGCUCGACGGCGGCGGCGAGGGUCGCAUGGUGGUACCUCAUGGGAUCGAACCUUUGCGGGAGUCCUGCAUCGUGGGUUCCUGCAAUGGUCUGGUAUGUUUAAUUCGCCCCAGCAAUUUUGUCAUAUAUAACCCGACCACUAGGGAGUAUAUCGAGUUGCCCGGUUCCCAUUUUGUUGAUGAAGCUGCGUUAUUCAGAGCCAGAUAUGAAACCUUCUACGGAUUCGGAUAUGACUCUCAAUCUGAUGACUACAAAAUAGCCGUAGUAGUAGGGGAUGUUGUUGGAGUUGAAAAUUGUAAGGUGGCUAUAUUUUCGCUCAAGUCCAGUUGCUGGAGGAUGAUAGAAGUUCCGUUCCAGGAAGAGGAAGUCGAAUGUAGCCGCCCAGUAGUUUAUUGGAAAGGGGCCUUACACUGGCUCUUCUAUGCCCGGAAUAAGAAGGCCAAACCUAAGAUUAAGGCCAAACCUAAGAUUAUGUCAUUUGACUUGUCGGAAGAGAGAUUUCACCAGGUGCUUCCAGUUCCUCAAAUCGAUGACACACGACUCCUGGGACUCGGGAUUCAUGGGGCGAAUCUGUUCAUAUACAAUACUGCCCAUCCCCGCAUUGAGGCAUGGAUAAGAGAUGAGUACAGGAUAGGAGCACCGUGGAAUAGAUGGUUCAGUGUUGAAGUAAAUUGGAAUAUCUUCUUGGAGAAGAUCCCCCUUGUGUACACAAGGAGUGGAAAAAUUGUUUUUUUGAUGGAUAGGAGUCGGAUGAUUCUGUUUAAUCCGGAGGAUAAUACUUGCAGGGAUCAUCCCUUAGGGUCGGACUUUAUUAGGGGAUAUGCCGUCUAUUUGGAAACUCUUGUUUCUCCCUCCUUGGGUGGAGCUGUUGAAUGAUCUUGUAAAUUUUGAAGAAAAAAAUAGUGUUGAAAGUCUAUUCUUUAGUAAGUUUAUCAUGCUUUUAGUACUCUGUCCAGAUGUAGGGUUAGAUGUCUGCUUGAUGAAUGGCCAUUCAAUCAUCUUUGGUUUGCUAGAAUAAUGAGAGACGGUAAGUAGAGUUUGAGUUUUAAUGUGCUUGCUGGAAUGUGGGUUGCACUAUCCUGUAAUAUUAUAGUCAAGAUUAGCGACUCUUUUUGAAUUUUUACUUCUUGAGUACUCUCUGUACUAUUGCUGUGCAAGAUUUCGGGAAUGACCCAUCCUCUCAUUGGGCUGCAUUUGCACGCACAACUUGAUAAACAUACCAAGCACAAUGUAGUCUCCAGUUAAAGAAACUGGCGAUAAUGUUAUUCCCUAAUUACCAAAUAAACUAUUGAAUCCAUAUACCAAGAUGCAAAUUAUCUAUUCAAAGGGAUGGUGAUGGCUAAAUCCUGCGUGAUGUGAAAAGGUGCCAAAGGUUUAGCCUAGAUGAAACUCUUUCAUUGCAAUGUUCAUAGAACUGUGUACAUUUAAUAGUUUUUCAUCCCAUUGGUUUAACCUUGAAUGUCUGCUUCUGUUUCUGGAGUUAGAUACUCCUCUACGUACCUUGUUGUAAUUAGGGAUCUCUUGUUCUUUUGUGAUUUGACUUUAUGAACAGAUUGCUAAUUCUAAGUAAAAUUCCCUCUGGGCAAACAAGAACCACUCAGGUACAUUACUCUGCAUGGCAUCGAUUCUUCUCUUCUCUAUUAAUCCACACAUUGAAGAAAACAGAUUACAGAAAUAACCGCGCACACCCACAAGAAUUCCUCACUCUUAGAAAGCAAGCUUCAUUUGAAGUUGAAAUGAGUUUAAACAGUAAUGAAUCUCAAGUAACCGGCACAAUCAGCCGUUUGGCCCCAUCACAUACUUGGAAGAGUGCCUCAACAACUAAUAUAACUCUUUUGCCCAUUUAAGGUUGUGAACGCGAAUGUUUGGUUUGUCCCGUGCAAGUGAACAGGGAACCGUUACUAACAAGAGGCUUUGAAUCAAGAAAGAAGACUAAAGUAACUCAAUCAAGACCGAACAGAAGAUGAUUACAAAUACAGUGACAACAAAAUCAAGAAUGUUAUGGAUUACCUGACAUUUCCUUUUUUGUAAUAGGUUUUAAGGGGCAUUGUAGCAUGACACCAAGCACUGCCCCUUCCGUGUUGCCAACAAUCCAGGUGCAUAAGACACCAGCACCAUCACUUGCCAUUACUUGCAAGAAGAUGGAGUAAAACAAAAGGUUUUGUGUAGCGACUCUCAUAUCGAAAGCUCUUAAAUUUCCCUUCUAUCCUUCUGUUCAAGGGAAAUGCAUGACUAGAAUCAGGACUUGUUUAGAAUUCUGACUUUCCUCUUCUUUUGAUUAAGUAGUGCCAGCUUUUUUUGGAAUAACCUUAAUUUUGUGCUUUGCCAGAGCCUAUCAAAUUGCCAGUGUAAAAUCAGAGUGGAUUUGUAUCGAGACUUUCCCUCAUCAAUCUGGGACAUGUCAUCCUCUCCUCCUUUCCUCCUUUUUUCUUAUUUGAAAUCUUGCAUGUCUCUAAACGAAGCCCCUGCCAAUAUUCUUGUUUUGAUUGCAGGUAAAGUCAGGUGUGUUAAGUUCAGUCCAGAUUUAAAAUACAUUGCGGUCGGAUCAAUGGAUCACAAUUUGCGAAUCUUUGGCUUGCCUUCAGAGGACAUUGCUACAGUAAUUGUGACAUUGAUGUUUGGUCAGCAAUAUUACAGACUGUGCGGGUUUGACAAGGUUUGGAAGAUUGGAGCUAUAACUGUCGGCAUAAUGAAAGAUCAUACUGCUGAGUUAAUAGCGAUCAACUUCAAAUUACUGCAAGUUUUGACUGUAGGUGCUGGUGGGAUGCUAAUAUGGUCAUAAAUACUCAGAAUAUGCUGGUGCAAGCUAUCACAGUUCAUGCCACAAAUAACUACUUCGCAAUGGCAUCUCGCAAUCAUGAGUUCUCAUGGUUUUUGGUGCUUUUAUGAGUUUUCACCUUACUCAGGUUUCGAAACUGUGCGUGUGCGCGCGGGCGUGUGCACAAGGGCGCGCAUGCACUUUUACAUGCACAUCGACACAAAACUUGUAUCAGUUGUAUUUUGUGUAAUGGAUGUUCAGGGGAAGAAACAAUUAUGCAUUAUGAUUGAGCAGAAAAAGUGCCUGGCUCCUAGAGAAACUGCAUUUGCUUUGCACUUACAGUGCUUGUGCAACUUAUAUAUACAUAUUAACACAUAUAUUAUAGUUCAAGAAUAGCUGAUGACGUAUGGUAACAUCAGUUUUAUGACACAAUUUACAUUGAAAGAAUGUUCCUUGUUCAAAUAGUCUAAGAACAACCUUCCUUGACUUUUGAAAUUCAUUACCAGAGUAAAUAUAAUAUUCUGAGAACAUUGCCUGAAGCAUUAACAUAGUUUUACUGUUGCUGCAAUUUUUUUAAGGUCACAAUGCAGAAGUGCUUUUGAUUAUGAAUUGUUGAGGUUUUCUGCUCUCGCUUGUCAAAAGAUAUUUCAAGAUUGUCCUUGCUUGCUUUUUCUCCUUCAUUCUGCAGAUUGAAGGUGCUUCAGGAUCUGGUUAAGCUUUUCAUCCCGAUGGUCUUAUCCUGGGUACUGGCACCUCAAAUGCUGAUGUUAUGGGAUGUAAAAAGACAGUUAUAAUGUUCACAAUCUGUAUGAGAUGGAAAGCAAUGUUGUGGCUUUGGCUGGGUCCACAAUUGUUUCUUGGUUGAAUGGGCAUUUUCGCCACACUUGUUUCUUUGUCUUCAUACUUCCAUGUAGUAUAGAAUAUGAUACGGCAAUACUGCAUCUCACCCUGAUGAUUUUCAUGUACAGUAUUCCAUGGUCUAAUUUCAGCUUUUGUUCCUCAUGCUUAGUUUAGUUACUAUAUGCCAUUUUGGCAUGCUGUUAGAACAAGAAGGGAAGUUGUAAUUGUCAGAACUCCAUAUGCCAUGAUUUAACUGGCAUCCUCAUUUAUUUAUUCACCAGAAUGUUCCAGUAAAUUUAUAUUAUCAUGGUAUAGCUCAACGAUCUAGCUCAAUCGUUUUGAGAUAAGUCAAUUGCCUCCACGAUUCUGCCUGCUGCUCAUGCUGUUAUUCUUGUGCAUUUUGGGUCCUCCUGUCCAUUUUUGUUUGGGGACAUGCUGUUGUAACUGUUACUCAUUUUGAAAUAGGCAAGUGUUAUGACACGUUUUGGCCAUAGUGGGGGCAAUCACUGCCAUAUCUUUCUCUGAGAAUGAAUGCUUCCUUGGGGUACAUGUCCCUCUAACCUUUCUUUUAUUAUCAAUAGAGAUUUAGACAUGCCAUCUGACUUAGAAAUUUAUUUCAUAUACUGCAGCUCAGGAUGGGGUUAAGCUGUGGGAUCUGUGGAAGUUGAAGAACUCUUGCAGAUUUUCAGCAUAUGACAAAGACACGGACAAUUUCUGUUGAAUUUGAUUAUAGUGGAUUUUAUCUUGCACUUGCUGGCGAUGAGUUUCUAUAGGGUAGAAUUUUGUACUUGACUUGUGAGAAUAAUAAGGUAAUAUAGGAUUGUGUUUGUUUAUAGAAUAUUUACCUGUUCUUUAUUUUAAUUGUAUGAGCUAGCCUCUGUUGCUUUCAAUUUCUCUGAUAGCUGAAAAAUAUUCUCUGAAAAGUCGGAAAACAAUGUGUUUAUGAUAAGUUGCUUACAAAAAAGUUUCACCAAACGCAUACUCAGAAAGGUGGGAAAUUCAAAACUGUGAAUUCUCCUGAAACUUUUCUACUCACAAAAUUUCAAAAGUUUCUCCGAGAGCACCAUAACUCUAUGCACCACCAAUGGGAGGAUUAUUUUGCCUCCUAAGUAUUCAAGAUCGAGUGACUUUGUGUCCUUCUAUUCUUCUGUCCAAUAGAAAUGCAUGUCCAGAAUCAGGAACUGUCCUUCUAUUCUUCUAUUCUUCCUGAUCUGGGACAGGUCAUGUCUCCCCUUCCUCCUCCUCCUCUCCUCUUUCUUAUAUAAAUCUUGCAUCUCUGAAUGUGGCUUCCACUGAUAUUCUGGUUUGGGUUGCAAGUAAAGUGAUGUGCAUCAAAUUUGGUCCUGAUUCAAAAUACAUUGCCGUUGGAUCGAUGGAUCACAAUUUACAAAUCUUUGGCUUGCCUUUGACGGGUGGUGCUAUGGAACUUUGAAACGUUGGAAUCGCAUCAAGCAGGUAGGAUCAGCUUUUGUGAGAGACAGCAAGAGUUUCGUUAUGCUUGGACCUAAAUACUCAUGCACUUAAAGCUUUGUGCUAGCUGAAUUUGAGCCUGAACCAAUCUUGUACUGCUGCAGUUACAAUCAAUGGCUCUUUGUCUAACGUGAUUACGACUCUUUGUUUUUCUUUU